AUGGAGGGCGCGGCGCAGGUGAUUGUGAGCAAUGUUGGGCAGCUGGUGGGGGAGGAAUUUCGGCAGCUCCGCGGCGUGGGCGGCGAGGUCGCUCGGCUGAGGGACGAGCUGGCCACCAUGAACGCCCUCCUCCGCAUGCAGUCUGAAGCCGAGGAGGGUGCCGUGGACCACUUUGUCCGGGAGUGGAUGAAGCAGCUGCGGGAGGUCGCCUACGACGCCCAGGACUGCGUCGACCUCUAUUUGUUCCGCGUGAGGACCCGGACGGGCGAGUGCCUUAUCUUCUGGUGCAAGCGACACCUUGAGACGCUUUUGUUGCGCCAUCGCCUCGCUGAUGAUAUCAGGUCUCUCCGGGCUCAUGCUGCCGCCAUUAACGAGCAACAUGCUCGUUACGGCGUCAACCUCGAGCCGCUGCGCCGCCCUCCUUCUUUGCGAGUGCGAGCGUCCGCGCAUGUGCUCCGCCCUGCCGCCGCCGACGACGACCCCAAUAAGUUCGUCGGUAUCACGGAACAGGCUAGCUGCCUGGCGGAUAAGGUGAAGGCGGCGAUUCGCACUAGUGGUGAUCUCAAGGUAUUCUCCGUCGUGGGGUUUGGUGGUCUCGGGAAGACCACGCUGGUCAUGGAGGUGUGCCGGCAGCUGCAGGAUGCCGACUUCCAGCGCCAAGCGCAAGUGUCCGUGUCCCAGGUGCUCGACCUCAAGGCACUCCUCAGGAGCGUGCUGCAGCAGAUCCUUGAGGUGAAAGCACAAGAUCGAGCAGAUCCUGGAAUCGACCGCAUGGACGUUGAACAGCUCCGCCAAAAUAUCGACACGAUUCUCAAGACAAAGAGGUACCUUAUUGUGAUCGAUGAUGUUUGGACCGAAGCAGCAUGGAAUUCAAUCAUAUCCAUGUUACCGGUGAAUCACUGCGGCAGUACAAUCAUUGUGACUACUCGGAUAGAUACCGUGGCCAAAGCAUGCAGUUAUGCCAAUGAUGAUUACAUCCAUCAUAUCAUGCCCCUCGAUGAUAAAAACUCGAAGAAGCUGUUCCUCAGCAGAGCUUUUGGCUCCAUGAAUGCCACUUGCCCGAAGGAUCUGGAAUAUUCUAUGGAGAAAGUUCUGAAAAAAUGUGGUGGGCUGCCACUGGCCAUUGUAAGCAUUGCCAGCCUUUUUGCAAGCUACAGAUCUCCUGAAAGCAAACAUAUGUGGGACACAGUUCUGAAAUCACUUGGCUCACAGAUUGAUAACCACCCUACCCUUGAGGGGAUGAGACAGAUAAUCACACUUAGCUACGACCACCUACCUCAUCACCUCAAGAGCUGCAUGAUGUAUCUCAGUAUUUUCCCGGAGGAUUAUUUGAUUGUUAAGGACAGGCUGCUGAGGAGAUGGAUUUCCGAAGGAUUAGUUGCUGAGAAGCGGGGACUGACCCAAAUGGAGGUUGCACAAGGCUACUUCAAUGAGCUGGUGAGUAGAAGCAUGAUUGAUCGGGCUGCAGAUAGAGUGACUUGGUUCGAUGGGAGGGAGGAGACGUGCCGUGUGCACGACAUGAUGCUUGAGGUCAUGGUGUCCAAAUCCCUUGAGGCUAACUUUGUAAGCCUUAUAGGCGGGCCGUACAAAUGGAUGUCGUAUGAUAGGAUUCGCCGCCUAUCCAUCCAUGGUGGAUUAGAGGCAUCCAAGGAGUCUUCAUGCAAGAAAAUGGCAACGGGGCAUGGUAGGAGAAAUGACAUCAAGGGGAUGAAUGUACAACAUGUCCGAUCACUCAGUAUAUUUGAGCUCCAUGGGCACAUGUUGCUUAAUCAACUAGGUGAGUUCACCCUGUUGAGGGUGCUUGAUCUGGAAGACUGCAAGGGCCUAGGAAAAAAGCAUAUGGGUUUUAUCUGCAGAAUGCACCUUCUAAGGUUCUUGAACUUGAAAGGCACAGAUAUCAGUGGGCUGCCUUCCAGAAUUGGCCAGUUAGAGCAUUUGCAGACACUUGAUGUACGCUCCACAUGCCUUAAAUAUCUACCAAAAACUGUGACACAGCUAGAGAAACUUGAGAACCUACUGUACUCCAACAAGCAUAGCUUCUGGGAUUUCCAUUGGGAAGCACCAAAGGGCCUAAGAAAAAUGAAGGCACUACGGAAGUUGAACAAUUUGACUGUCAGAUCAAAAAACAUUGACGUUAUUGAGGAGAUCGGUGAGCUAGAACAAUUACAAGAGUUAGAUAUCUCAUUUAUACCUGGCAUUCCUCAAGCUGGUCAGGACAAGCUUGACAACUCACUGAGCAGGUUAUACUCCCUCCGAUGCCUUAACCUUCAAGUCGUUACAAAUACAGAGCAUGAUAGGAACUUUCUGCAGAACCUCAAGUCGACACCACCACGGCUCCUCAGAUACCUUAGGUUGUGUGGUACCCUUCAAGGACAUACAGGCGUCCUUGAAGUACCUACGUUGACUAAUUGGGUUGGGAAACUGACUAAUCUUGUUGAGUUUGUUAUAGCUUGGGCAUACCUUCGUGGUGACACCCUCUUCGACGUCCUGUCUAAGUUGCCCAGCCUAAAAACCCUGACACUUGAGUCAAACUUUUACACGGAUACAGAGAUAGUUGCACGCGAUACCCACAAAUUUCCGGUGCUCAAGGAACUGAGAAUGACCGAUAAUCUGGGGGUUCCUGAAGUUUACCGAUUUGAGAAAGGAUCCAUGCAAAAUCUCGAGACCAUUCUGCUUCGUUUUGGUCACUAUAAGCAGAGUAUCGCUGGAAUCCAGCACUUGACGAACCUUAAAGAGGUGCAGUUCACUGGUAAGAAAGACAACGAAGCACUGGCGUAUGCAUUGACGGAGCUAGAGGAAGAGAAUGUUUGGCGCCAGGACAUCGGUUCGAAUCAGUUCGCAGUCAAAGUGAGAUAUGAGUGA